AUGAAGAUAAGAUUCUCAGUGAUCAACAACUUGAACGAAUGGGAUAUAACUUUGUUCAAUAAUCGCGGUGCAAAGUGCAAUGGCUCCGAGGAGCUGCAAGGCGCUGAGGUCUCGUUGAAUAUCAGAGAACACCGGGUUCAUUCAAUGUAUCCCUGGCACAGUGAGAGCUAUGGGUUUGGAUGGGGAAGAUAUGGGUAUCCGUUCAGAGAUUAUCAAUAUUUCCCGUUGAGGACGAAACGCGGGGAAGAAGUGCAGGGAGAAAUUGCGGUUACGAGUUAUGGGUUUGAAUACCGGGUCAAUGGCCAGCGAGUUCAUGGAAUAAGGCAAGUUUUUCAAAUGUAAAGAUCCGCUUUCUCAUUGGCGAUGCGAUUUCCGAUGCGACAGAAUGUUUACGAUUUUCCGGACAGAUUAACAACUGCAUGAUAAUGACCUUAUCUUUUUUAUUUUCAGAUUCCACUACCCAAACCUCCUAACUGAUUGUGUUGCGUUCGAAACCAAUGUCACAAUGACUUCUUAUUGGAUAGAAGGCAAUGACGACUGCGAAUUCAGAAGCAAUGACAAGCCGGAUGAAAGGAUAUACCCUCGUAAAACGUCAACGAUUCCGCCACGAAGCUCGACGCAGCGAAUAAAGCCACCAGUUCAAUUUAGCACUGCUCAAUCGGUCCGACCAAUUGCAACAAAAUCCCAUUCAUCAAAUAAAAGGCCGUCCACAGUAACAACGAUACCAGUUAUUAUAGGAAAACGUGCAGCAAGGUCUAGAAAGACCUAUCCCUGUCCGUCUGGUAUCAAAAUGAUCGAAGGACGCCGAUUGCCACGGAAUUGUGAGGCUGGCAAAAAGAGAUCAGCUAUAGAAUGCGCUGAUGGAAGUCAUAUAGAGACUGGCGAAGUGAUUCCCGUUGGCUGCUUCGGAAUAUACGGACAAUAAUGAAGCUCAUUUAUGAAAUCGGCGUCAGUUUUUGAUGACCUGUCCGUUUAUUAUCAUCUAGGAACGAAUAAAAAAAGUAUGAAAAUUAUUUUCCGAGUAAAUUAGGCAAACUCAUAGGGGAAGUAUUCUAUUGUACACUGCAAAUGCGACGCUCAUGGUUACAUCAUUUUCCGUUUGCCCAAUAAUCAUUGUUUCACAGAGCAGCCUAUGCUAAUCGCCACCAGCGGAACAGAUAUAACAUUAUAAAGCCAUUAUCAAUUAAUUCGAAAACUCCCUUCUCAAUUGCAUGAGCACAAAGGAUCUAUACAGUAUUCGAAUUCAUAGCCAUGCAGUUUACAAUGCUUUUCCUCCUGCUAUUAUUUGCCAAAUGCAAUGCCGAUAAUUGGUACAUGCCGGUGUGCGACCGGCUUCAGCCUGGGAUGGAAGUCCAUUUUAUGGUUCACCCAGUCGGCAACGAAUUUAUCCUGCAAUUCCAAACAGACAGCGUCCAAAUGUGCAACGCCAGCUUGGACACUUCGGUCGGCUACCGGUCAUUCCAUGUCAAUCACUAUCAGAUCCAUCCGGUCUAUCCGUUUUAUAAUCAUAUGUAUGCGUUGGCGGCUGCGAAGCCUGGGCAAUGGUGGGAUUUUAUAAAUUGGAUCCCAAUGGCGUUGCAGAAAGGGCAACCGUUUCAUGCGCAGAUCAACGUGAAGCCUGGAGGGUAUGACUAUCUGGUUGAUCGUCAGUACGUUGGAUCUGUUUUGUAAGUCUGGUGUUAUUUGAGAGGUGUAAGUAAAAACAUGAAACAUUUUGAAGCUGCAGCGACAGCGAGAGCGCUAAAGAAGGUAAAGCCGUCACUUUCAGAACGCCAUAUGCGGCAAUGAAAGUGGACUGCGUAUUGGCAACGGGAGAGGGAAGUAUUCCCAAUAUGUGGAUUCAAGGCCAACCCGACUGUCAAUAUCGCAACAACGAUUCUCCGGACCCAAUUUACUAUUCGACGACCACUCCGUCGACAACGCCAAGUUCAACUGCAUCAACAACGUCCGGGUCGACCUAUCCAACUUGGCCGACUUUUUCCACCUCCACCCCAUCUACUUGGCCAACAAGUUCGACUACGACUCCUUAUCCUUUCUCGUACCCUCCAUACUACCCACCGGGCUACCCGUAUCCCUAUUUUCCUCCGCCAGGAUGGCCUGAAUGCAUCCCGCCUUAUUGCUAUCCGAACGCCACCUUCCCUUGUCAUUGGGCUUGCUAUACCGGCGGACCUUAUUACUGUCCCGUUCAAUGCUAUGUGGUUCCAAAUUAUGGCUAUCAGCCGCCUCCACAGAAUCCUCCAUGCGGAGUAGUGGGACUCCCGGAAUGCCAGCCUUAUUACGGGCCUUAUCCUUACCUUCCGCCACCUGCCAAUUAUACACCUCCAACGGUUCCACCAAAUCCGUACAUUUGGCCGUGGAUUCCGCAAUAUGGCUGGCCACCAACGAGUUAUACGCUGCCGCCCGGCUGGCCUUAUAAUCCUUAUUGGCCUCCGUACUAUUCGUAUCCUUACACGACAAUAAUGCCGCCAAGUACGACUGCUAGUUGGGCACCUCCUCCAACAUGGCCAACCGCUUCCACUUUGUCAACAAGCCCAACCACAACCCCAGCCUGGCCUCCAACAACCCCCGAUUCGCUUUCUACUUCGUUAACACCGCCAACGAGUUCAGUACCAGCAGGAGGUCCCGUAAUCGUCCAAUGCGAGUUUAACCCGGCUAUCAAGAUUACCGAGGGCCAACCGUACCCCGGUUGUCCAGAUCAAAAUGGUGUCACAAGGGCAUUGGCAUGCAUCGGCCCCAAUAAGGGCACAAUCCAGCCGGGGCAAAUCGUACCCACUGGAUGCCUUGCUUGA